CCAGCAAUAUCGGGCAAAGUCGAAGUCGAUGGCACUCGUGCGAAGCUCCACAGUCCAGUAGGAGCAGGUCUGAGAGCGACACAGGAUUCACCUACAUUCGUCUCCCAAAAGACAGCUAACAAAGCACCAUGACAUCUCUACUGGAAAUGCUCGACAUCAACACAGGCCUUGCUUUAGGCGUUGUCGUGUUGUCGUUGUUGUGGUGGUUUUCCGUCAGACGACCUGCAGGUGCACCUCCAGGACCUUGGCUGGCUGUACCACUGCUGGGUCACCUGCUGCUGCUGAUGAAGAAAGAUCCUCUGGAGCAGUUCGCAGCAUGGCGACGACAGUACGGUGACGUGUUCAGUCUGUACCUGGGCAGCCAGCUGGUGGUGGUGCUCAACGGCUACAAGGUCCUCAAGGAGGCGUUGGUAAACAACGCCGACGUCUUCUCCGACAGGCCAUUUGCUUCUUUUGAAAAUAUAAUAACCGACAGCAAAGGCGUUUUUGACACGUCUGGUCCUGUGUGGAAAGCCCAAAGAAAGGUUUCUACACAGAUUCUACGUGAGCUAGGGAUGGGCAGAAACGUCCUGGCGGUAAAGAUUGAGGAGGAGGUCAAAGAGUACAUCAGGGUCAUAUCCGAGAGCCAGGGACAGCCGCUGGAUCUGGCCCACUUGACCCAAGCUAGCGUGUCCAACAACAUCUGCUCCAUCGUCUUAGGCAAACGCUUCGAGUAUGACGACGAUGUCUUUGGAAACAUCCUUAGGUUGAUGGAUGCCAUUAUUCACGAUGCUGGGGCGGGUGCCGUAGUAUCUAGCAUUCCUUUUCUGCGACACCUGCCUGGAGAUUACUUUAAGGCGAACCGCUUUGUGGACAACAUGCGGCUUGUGUUGCAAAAGUUUAUAAAACCUUUUGUAGACGAGCACAGCAGCAGGUUUGAGGAGGGUUCAUACGACGACUUUAUUGGCGCCUACAUCAGAGAAAUACAUCAUCAUCGCAACAGUCAGUCAGGAUCACCUCAUAUCAACGAUGUUAAUCUCCUGAAGUUAGUCUUCGACAUCUUAAUAGCUGGCUCGGAGACGACCUCUACAGCUAUCCUGUGGGCUCUGGUUUACUUUCUUCACCACCCUGACGUGCAGGACAAGUGCUACGAGGAGAUCCACAGAGUUGUCGGCACAGAGCGAGCGCCCACCAUGCAGGAUAGACCGCAGUUAGUUUACAUGGAGGCUGUCAUCAUGGAGGUUCUUCGUUAUGGCAACGUUGUGCCACUAAAUGUGGUACGUUCCACCCCAUGUGACGUGGAGUUUGGCGGAUACACGAUCCCUAAGGGCACUGUAGUCAUCCCCAACCUGGAUUCUGUGAUGAGAGAUCCGGAGACCUGGGGUGACCCCGACAGAUUCCGACCUGAACGUUUCAUUGGAGAGGACGGCAAACUGUGGAGACCUGAAGAGUUAAUUCCCUUCUCUAUGGGUCGGCGCGUCUGCUUGGGUGAAACGAUUGCUCGAAUGGAAUUACUUCUUUACAUUUCAACAAUGGUGCAACACUUUCGAUUCCUACCUCCGGAAACUGGAGAGCUGCCAUCUUUGCAAGGCGUGCUUGGAGCUACCUAUUCCCCUAAACAUUUCAAAGUUCGAUCAGUGCCUAGGAAAUGUCUGAAAAAGGAAACAUCGGAAUGA